CAUGUUGAAGAUUAGCUGAUAGGUGGUCAAUUCAUUAAGUGAUGAGCUUCUUCCUGACAAACGUAGUUUAUUCAGCACAAUGAAGCAUCUCCUUCAUAGACAUCCAUUCGAAAAACGGCCUCUUGUCUCCUCGCCAGUGCACCUCCUAUGUACAUGGGGCUAAAUUUGGUGUUGGUGUUACUUCUGUUCCGGAACUUUUGUUCCUUUGCGGCCUCCGUAGCAGGAGAGGCUCAGUAGCUACACUGGGAGCAAUAUAGUUUCGUUAAUGUGUUGUUUUUAUCCUAUUAACCAAACAAACAAGUACGUGAAAUGGCUGCUUCUUUCACGAUUGAAGAACAAGAUUUAUUGGAAUCUCUAGAAGAUCCAACAAACCUUCGGUGCAGAAAAUGCCGCAGAUGUCUCAUAGACUCAAGAAGCCUCAUUAAGAUAGUAACAUCUGGGGAGGCUGCAGCCACAUGCAAUGUGUGGCAUUUGAAUGUUGAAUCUUUGCCUGAUUGGAUUCUAGCAAGUGUUAGCCAGGUCCAUUGGACAGUUGGAAAAUUAAACUGCCAAUAUUGUGGAGCUCGUCUUGGAGGCUUCAAUUUUAUAAACUGCUCCAAAUGCACCUGUGGACAUGAUACAACAGUACAUCUCAGUAAGAGUCGGGUUGAUCAGGAUUUACAGCCUUCAGUCCUCUUCACAAGACCAGACAGGACUAGAGGACAUACUGAAAGAAGGAAGAACGAGCUUUCUUUUCAGACGGUAGGCUCAGUGACUGAACUGCAGACAACACAAAUACAGACCGCCCAGUUAGAUACAGUGCCUUCUCCUUCCUUCACCCUUAACUCCUCCUGUACUCUGCCCCAUGCAAUCUCUGCUGGUGAUGUGAAUGAAGCUGAGAUAGUGUCAAGUGAAGAAUCACAGAUUCUUGGAACUGUUGAGAUGGCUAGAGAUGUGCCUUUACCUUCUGAAUUGGCACUCUCACCACUGUUAUCUGAUUUUCGGGAGAACUUGGAGGAACGUCACCUGGGUUCUGCUUCCCAGAUUAGAACCUCUGUGGACAUAGCAGUGUGUCCAGAGCCUUUGAGAACUACCUCCUCCAACGCAGACCCAAAGUUUUUGAAGAGAGAGAGAAAUCGCUUAAAAAGCCUAAGAAGGAAGCAGAGGAAGAAGGAACGUUGGAUUCAGAGGCAGCAGGAGGCUAAAGAGCUGGCUAUGAAGUCGGACCUAACAAGCAGUGAUGAUGAGGAGAAGGAGGGAUACACAUGUGCCGUGUGUUUAGAUGUGUAUUACAGUCCUUACAAGUGCCAUCCCUGCAGUCAUGUGUUCUGUGAGCCCUGUUUGAGAACACUGGCUAAAAAUCGGCCAAGCAACACCCCCUGCCCUCUCUGUAGAACCCUCAUAUCCCAUGUGCUCUUCCAGGAAGAACUCAAUCAAACUACAAAGACUGUCUUCCCAAAAGUGUAUUGGUCAAGACAUGAAACCUUUCAAAAGACCAACUACUCCAAAUGGCCUCUGCCCAAUUGUCCGAAGCGCUUCCGUAUUUUUUGGGGGUUUCAGAGACAUGGAGGCCCUGCUAGUCGGUGGCAGUUUCCCCGCAGAGCAUUUGGACUUGAUGCGUUGGACUUGGGGGACAUGUGGGGCUGGCCAUUUGACGUUGACUUUGUCAUCAUCUCCAUCUACUCUUUGCACUGGGUCCUGGCAUUCAUCAUUUUCUGUUGCCUCUGCUACUUCUUCCUCCUCUAAUGUGCGGAGGGUUGGAUCUCACUGUGUGUUGUUGCUGGACAAUUGAAUGUUGUUGACUGUGUUUAUCUCAUCAAGUGCCUCAUUCUUUUAUUGCAAUUGUAGCUUCAAAUCUGAUGAAAUAUGAUCAAGGUAUUCUUUUUCCUGUGGAACCCACAUUUGUGUGUUUGUUUUUGGUUGAGGUCUUACAGGGUUUGUGCAAUCCAUAGAAAUUGAGUUGAGCUAUUACCUAACCUAAUAUCCUCUGCAUACAUUUGACAUUAUUGUAAUGCUGUAGAAAAAAGCAAUAAUACAGGACAUGAUGCCAAAUCAGUUGGACACUUUAAUAAGUUGCCUCUAUUUCUGCUGCUUUUACGUUGAGCUUUUGAGGAGUGUGGUUAAAAGUUGUGAUGUGCUAGUAUCCAGUUAACGAUUUCUUCUGCUUAAAAGGAAUAUUCCGGGUUCAGUACAAGUUAAGCUCAAUAAACAGCAUUUGUGGCAUAAUGUUGAUUACCAAAUAAAUAGUUUAGACUCGUUCCUCUUUUUCUUUUUAAAAGCAAAAAUCUGGGUUACAAUGAGGCAGUUACUAUAGAAGUGAAUGGGGACAAUUGGUAAAUGUUAAAAUAAUUACUGUUUCAAAGGUUUAGCCACAAGACAUAAUAUGUGUGUUAACAUGAUUUUUGUGCGCUAAAAUUGCUUACUAACCUUUUCUGUGUAAAGUAAUAUAUCCAAUUUUUCAACUUUGUUGCCAAGACCACAUUACACUCUAAACCCUGUAAUAUGCCUAGAACAGUAGUCUGCCACAAAAGUGAUGAUUUAAACAACUUUAAAGCUCAAAUAAUACACAAGAUUUAACAGAAGAAUAGAUAUGUGCUUUUUUAAAAUUGUAAGCUUCACAUUUUUGCCUUUAAACCCUCCAGAAAUUGGCCCCAUGCACUUCCAUUGUAACUGCCUCACUGUAACCUCGAUUCUUUUAGAAAAUUGUUUUAGAUGGUUAUCAACAUUGUGCCACAAACGCUAUCAUUUGAGCUUUACUUGUAUUGAACCCAGAAUAUUUAUUUAAUACCACAUGUUGUAGAAUAAUUUUAAAGUCUUCUAUUGCAAGUUUGAGAACUUUUGCUGUUGUGCCAUAUGACAAAUUAUUUAAUGUUGCUUUGGAAAUGGCUUAGAAUGAUAGUCCCGAAUCUCAUGCUGUUAUCUAAGACUGGGUAUGUAUUGGUUUGUGCCCACUUGAUGCUACCAUAUAAGCAUUAUGAGAGCACAAUUAUUUUACUAACGAUUUGAACCAGAUAUUCAGUACCCAUGUGCAGUGAUAUUUGAGAUGCAGAUUACAAAUAAAAUACAUUUUGUGAAUAAUUCCCCUCCUUCAACCUGAGCGGUCGUGUUUCUUUGGCAAGAGGGUCUAUCCAGUGAAUGUGCAGCCCGCAGCUGUGGGGCUCCAGCGGCGCUCGGCUCUCGACAGGGGUGAAGGU